AUGAAAAUUACUGCUGAUACUAAACUUCAACAUUUUCAAUUUAUUGAAAAUGUAGAACCUGAUAAAAUAUAUACAGUGGUGUCUAAUCAUUUCGGUGAUGAAAAUCCUUAUAAUUAUCCAAAUCCAUUUCAUUAUGUAAAGUUCCAAAUUGAAAGAGCUCCCGAUACCGGUAGAAGACAUGUUCAAGAUUUUGCUGUUCUUAAAAAACAAGCACGUGUUGCUAAUUAUCCUGAGAAAGCCAUAAUAUAUGUUUCGAAGAAUUUCAAUAGAUGUGCGAUACAUAAAGAUAAAUGUAAAUGUAGUUAUCAAGAAUUGGAAUUAGAUGAAUGUUCAGUUUGUACUCAAGAAUGCUGUUCGCAACGAACACCUGCUCGAUUCGAUGAAGAAAAUUCGGGACCUUUCGAAUUUGGUCGAUAUCAUUCCAGUUAUAGACAAAAUAAUCAAAAUAACUCUGAUCUCAAUCGGAAAUAA